CCUCCCCGCCCCGCCCCGCCCCAGCGAACGCACCCUGCUGCGUUGGGGUGGACCACCUCAGGGGAGUUCUGCGUCUCCAGGCUAAGGUCUCCGCGAGUCCGGGCCUCGGCGCACCCCAGACUGUCGUAUUCACAAGGCCAUGACACACUCUCCUGUGCACUAGUAGCAGAAGGCAGACCUACUUCGUGCCUGGUCUGUGUUCCACUAGAGCUGAUAAUCCACUUACUGAGUAUGAAGCUGUCUGGCCUUGUGUUGGCUGUUUGGAUUUUUAUUUGCUUCCAUGUGUCUGUGGAUGGUUAUCCAAGUGGAAAAGUAAGGCAAGCCUGCUCUAGCAUGAUACCCUGUCAUGGUAGCUCUCCACAGCCAUCACCUGAGCACACCAUUACAGUGAAUGGGACUGAAUUUAAACCAGGGGACAUCAUAGAAGUUCAUCUGUCUGGACCAGAUUUUGAAGGAUUCUUCAUACAAGCCCGGGAUGCAGAACACCUGGAUAGCCCUGCAGUUGGUUCCUUUGUGUUAGCUGACCGCAGACUUUCUCAGCUUCUGACAUGUGGCCGUACCAAGAAUUCAGCAGUCAGUCACACAAAUAAAGCAAAAAAGAAAUACGUGAAAGUUUAUUGGAUUUCUCCUGGAGACACACCAAAACACAUACAGUUUCUAGCCACAGUUGUGAAGAAAUACAAGACUUUCUGGGUGAAGAUUCCUGGUCCCAUUAUUUCUCAGCCUAAUGCACCAAGCCCAGCAGCACCCUUGCAUGCAACAUCAGAGGCUAUAUUGACUUCCCACCCAGUUUCCUACUUAUCAAAGCCAUUUAAUGCAUCAGGGUGUGGAAGGAUGAAAUUCUGCAUUAGGAAUCCUUCAAACUGUGAUCCUGAAAGUUGUUCUUGUUUUUAUCUAUCCUUCCAACAAGAGAAGAGUUCAGUAUUAAUUGAAAUGAGUGGUCCAAGUGAAGGAUAUUUAGCAUUUGCAUUGUCCCAUGACCAGUGGAUGGGUGGUGAUGAUGCAUAUCUGUGCAUUAAGGAGGCUCACAGUGUUCAUGUAAGCACUGCCUAUCUGAAGGGGCGAAGUCCUCCUGUUUUGGAUUCAGAAAAUGUCCUUGAAGAUGUGUCAUGGAGGCUUGCGGAUGGUGUUCUUCAAUGUUCUUUCAGAAGGAGUAUUCGUCUUUCUGCUUAUAAAGGGAGAUUUAAUUUGGAUUCCAGUUACUACAUCUUUGUGGCAGAUGGGGAAGCCAGUGAAGGUGGAUUAAUAUACAAACAUCAUCAUCAGCCUCUGAUCACCAAUGGAGUGUACAAUGUCACGGGCCUUCCUCAAGACAUUGGAGGUUCCAGGUCCCCACAGCUUCUCAAGAUUCAUGGAGCACUAAUGUUUGUUGCUUGGAUUACUACAGUUAGCAUUGGUGUUAUUGUUGCACGAUUCUUCAGACCUGUCUGGUCUCACUCAUUCCUGUUUGGAAAGGAGUUAUGGUUUCAGGUGCAUCGUGUUCUUAUGUUGACCACAGUCAUGCUUACAAGUGUUUCUUUUGUGUUGCCUUUUAUAUAUCGAGGAGGUUGGGAGUCAACAAGCAGGUUUCAUCCCUAUGUUGGCUGUACUGUGUUGGCUCUUACAAUCCUUCAACCACUUACGGCAGGUUUCAGACCCCCUCGUCAUGUUCCAAGGAGGCAGUUGUUUAACUGGUUUCACUGGAGUACCGGUACCACAGCUAGAAUACUAGCUGUGGUGACUAUUUUCUUGGGAAUGGAUCUAUCAGCACUUGACCUACCAGACCCAUGGGACACCUAUACAAUGAUUGGGUUUGUAGCUUGGCAUGUCAGUAUUGAUGUUGUUCUGGAAAUACACAGCUACCGUCUUGUAUGUAAAGUUGAAGUGAUCGAGGAUGACAGAGUACAGAUACUGCAGUUCACAUCUGCAGAAUCAGAGGGUCGUCUGUUUAAACAGAUUGUGCUAAACUGUCUAUGUCUGUGGAAAUAUAUUUCGCUCAUUGCCUUCCUGGCAGCAAUCAACCAAAUAUGAAAAGUCAUUGAGAGCCUUCUGAUGAAAUACUGUGGCAGUUAAAAAGCCUGCAAGGAAUGCUUUCUGUUAGAACUUUUCCCUCAACACCACCCUGAAGAUGUAAUUGAAGAAUAAUAGCACAUCUUGUCAUGCUCAGUGUUAGGGAGAACAAGAGUUCAAACCUAUACAAAGAUGCUGCAGUCCUACAAAACCUGUCUUCUGAGGGGACAUUUAAUGGGAGAGUUGUUGCAUGAGU